UUCUGUUGGGCUGGAGAAAAUGUUCCGAUCGCUGAGUGCCAACCACGUGCGGAUGGUCAUUGCUGGCUCCACCGCAAUUGUGUCACUCCUCAUAACGGGAUGCACCACCACGUGGGUGGAGAUCAAUAAGUGCUGGGAAUUAAAUGUGUGGAUGAAUGUUUGCCUGUUGCAGAUCGUCGGUGGAAUUUUUCUAUUCGUGGGUUCCCUAAAGAGUAAUCACUGGCUCUUCUUGCCCUGGCUGCUGGCUGGCUGCAUAUUUAUCUACACACUCGUGUACAAGUCCAUCCUGUACUUUUACAAUCUGGACGGGAGGAUGUUACUUGUGGUUCCCGUGUUUCAAUCCAUAGCAGGUUUCUGGUCCUAUUUCAUGUACGAUGUCUUCCAGGACUUUCUUCAAAUGCACACUUCCGUGCAAAUGGAAUAUUAGUGCGUAUGUCUUUUUUCUAGUCCAGUUAAAACGCAGUUGAUCUGAGUGUAGGGGCAAAUAAGUGUGAACAUGGUGUUUUGCUGCGGGGUGUGCUUUCGUAGCCAAAAGUAAAAUAAGCGUUAAAAUGUCUGCUAACCCAGUGGAAGUCUGGCCCGGGGGGUGUGGGUUGUGUUCUGGGUCUCUUCUGGGGGCUUUUGUGGUAUCGUUGCAUGCGUAUUGCAUUACCCGUUCUGCCCCCAUAACCCAACCACCCAGCCACCCAUUUGCCCACCCCUUUGGUGGCACCCCCUUUGGCACAAAGUGGCGUAUGAAUAGAUACAUGUUUUGUUGCCCGUUUUGUUCUGUUUGCCAUCCCCGCAAACCCCAUCUCCGCCUGUCUGUGGACUGGUUGUCGUAAUCCAACAAGCAGACAGGUUAAAUACACCGCAAGGACAGACUCACACACACAGUGCGGCUGCUGGAAAAAAGUGUGACAAAGAUGGUGGGGAAAACUGGCGGGAAAUGGGCGGAAAUUCGGGGAGGCGACUCGAGUCGCGAUUCGGCUGGGAAACAGACGCAUCCAAACAAACAAUAAUCAUGCAACAAUAGUGAGAGCCGCAAACAAAUUGCUUUUCUAUGUAUACACUGGAGUAUAGGGAGCUGCAUGCACAGGGGGAAAAUAAGUUAUAGAUCAUAAUUUACGAACUUUUAAAUGAGUAUUUAAAAUGUCGGUUUCCGUUUGUCUAAGCUUUAAUUGUGUAAAAUU